AUGUCACUGGAGACCUGGGCGGUGGCCGCUGUUGCGAUCGUUGAUGCUGAGGGCACGCCGCUGCUCCUGCGUACCUACACUUCGCCAAAGGAUGUUCUCAACUCCCCCGCAGCCCCGCUGCAUGCGCACCUCUACGUCGGACCAGAGGACACGGUCAAGCUGCAUUUUGUCCUUUUCGCCUCUCUGGACCGCUGCGAGGAGAUGCGCGAAGGGGCAGCGCCGUCGUUGACUGACAUUGCUGCUUCCUCUUCAACGGCGCUGGUGAGGGGCAGCACCGAGGCUUCCCUUGUCACCAAGAGCGGUGUGGCAACCAGUACCGAGAUGGGAGGUGCUGCUGGGACCUCGUUGGCCACUUUAAGCAAUUCUAUCACAGCCUCCAUAAUUAGCGCCUCCGCAGCGAACACGGCGCGGCUCAUCUCUCCAACGACGGACGCGAGAUUUUUGGGGAAGCUGCUGGAUAGCCACCGCAUGCGAAGCUACGGCUUUCGCUCUGUGACUGGUGUUCACACGCUGCUAGUGACCGUAGGCAGCGAUGCACCUGCCGAUGCGAUGGUCCCGCUCUGCCGCGCCUUGUACGAGUGCGCCUCCGCGGCGUUGUGCAAUCCAUUUCGUUCUCCAGCUCAAUGCUGGCGCGCGCAGGAACGACUGCUUUGGCGAGCGCCGUCAUCCGGACUUCGGUGUGACCCCGCUGGCGUAGCGACAUCGCAGCGUGCAGAGGAGACGGAAGGCACAGACGAAGGCCGGGAGUGUUCUCUGCAUAUGCACAGUAAAGUUGCUGCUGCCGCCACAAGCUGGCAUUCCCUUCCGCCCGGAGUGAUGGAGUGGAGCUGGCCGCGGCCGGCCCCGACCUCCGCUGCUGCUCUCACCGCGGAGCCGACGCUGGCGCUGUCGCGCACCUUCAAUACGCAGAUUGAGGGGCUGCUGUCGAGCUUCACCGUCACGGCGCGAAGCUGCAUCAUUCGGUAA